AUGCAAAAGCUAGCUAAUCAAUUGCCUGAUUCCUUUGCUGACCCGAAAAGAGUAACUAAGUCCUAUAUACCAGCUUGUAAUGCACCAAUAAGUAUUGAUGUCCAAGAUGGACACAAUCAAGUGGCUACUGAGUCUAAGGCACGCCUCAAGCGUGGUAGACCAAUUGGUUCCAAAGAUAAAAGACCUCGGAAAACAAAGAAAGGUGCAAAAGAAACUGAGGUCAUAGAUUGUCCAGACAAGGCCGAAAUGGCUAUGCCGUCAGUAUCAACACUUGAGGUUCGGGACGCCGGGCCUCAUGGUACUGAAGGCAUUGAUAAUGAUGAGAUCUCGACUAAUUACUUAAUGUCUGGGACAAAAUGGAACCGAAAAGAUGUCGACAUCGAUGAUAUAUUUGCAUAUAAUGUAGCCCCUGAAAUGAUGGACUUAAAUGAGGAUCAUGAACCCACGUCUAUACUAGAGUGCACUCAAAGAUCAGAUUGGCUAAAAUGGAAAGAAGCCAUAAACGUGGAGUUAGAAUCAUUUAAGAAAAGGAAUGUCUUUGGAUCGAUUAUCCGGACACCUUGUGAUGUUAAAUCAGUGGGAUAUAAGUGGGUAUUUGUGAGGAAGAGAAAUGAACAUGGUGAAAUUGUAAGAUACAAAGCACGGCUUGUUGCACAAGGAUUCUCACAAAUACCAGGCAUCGAUUAUGAGGAGACAUACUCCCCUGUGGUGGAUGCAACUACAUUUCGAUUUUUAAUAAGUCUGGCCAUCAAAGAAAAUUUGGAUAUGCGGUUAAUGAAUGGCCAUCAAAGAAAAUUUGGAUAUGCGGUUAAUGAAUAUUGUAACCGCAUACCUUUAUGGUCCACUGGAUAA